AUGGCUGAAACGUGGACUUCGGGAACCGCUCCCAAAGUGUGUUCAAACUGGGAACCCUUUCUCUCAAUGCGACUUCAUGAGUCCGUGACAAUCCAAGAUUAUUCUGUGGAGGUUCUAAAUCUUCUACGAGUAUUAAAUGGACUCAGUCGUUAUUGGGGAUCGUUGUACGAUCUCGAUAGUUACGACCCUAUCUCAACUAAAGAUAAGUUUCUUCACCACCAUCUAACCCACAAGGUUAAUCAACACCUCAAGGAUUUUCGAAUGGUUACCACCGGGAAAUUACCGUCGUGGAUCUUUCAAUUGGCUGAUUCGUGCAAGUUUCUGUUCCCGUUGGAGACACGAGCACUUAUUUUCCACAUGGCAACAUUUGACCGUGAGCGUGCUUUGCAGCAACUCAAGGUCUUCAGUCCUGAUUCGGUGGGAGCUAGGAUCGCUGAUAUUACUGGCCUGCUUCCAACUAAGCAGAUUACCGUAAAUCGCGAUUUUAUUUUGGACGAAACUAAAGUUGCAUUUGACAGGAUGUUGAAAUAUGACAAUUCUGCAAUUUCAGAAGUCAAAUUUACAGACGAAGUGAGUAGUUAUUUUUUACUGGAUUGCCAUUAUUAUUUAAUUGAUGUAUUUUAUUUUUCAGGAAGGACAUGGGGUUGGUCCUACAAGAGAGUUUUUUUCGAUUUUAUCGAAAGAAAUUCAAAGGUUCGAUCUGCAACUAUGGCGAGGAGAAAAGAACUCGGUUUGGAAGAUACCGAAGUUGCCUACGUUCACAGUGCCAAUGGCCUUUUUCCGUUGGCAAUUCCAUACAAAGUUCAGGUCGACAAGAUCAUUCCGUCACAGUUCGAAUACUUCCAUCUUUUAGGCAAAGUGCUUGCCAAAUCGGCCAUGGAUUCAAGACAGGUAUGUAAUAAUAGUUGGUACGAUUCCAAGUAA